AUGCUACUUGCAUUAGAGCUCUUCAGAGGGCAGACAAUCUCUGGCUUGCUUGGCAAAUCAGAAUCUUCUGUUAAGGCUUCUGAUUUCCAUUAUGAUGUUUCACAGUACAAUGGCACAAAACAAUUCAUCGAUUGCUCAGUAGAUUCAAACAUUUACUUCGAUAAUAUCGCUUAUGAUAAGAUAUAUUUGAACAUGAAAAAGAUUACAUUCUCCCUCAAUGAAGAAUCACACUGCGAAUUCACUGUCAAUUAUACUCAAGUUAAUACAUUUUUCACAUUUUCAGCAAAUCUCACAAAGGUAAAUAUCUAUAACGUUGCUGGUUACCGUCAUCAUCUUAUUAGCCGUGCAACAUUCAACGGAAGAUCAGAUCUCGAAAUGAACUUCCCACUUUCUGUUUCAAAGCAGGCAUCUGGACCAAAUAUUGUUGCAAAGAAUGGUUUCAAGCUUUCCACAGAAUCUAACAUUAACAUGUUCAACAUUGUUCAGGGUUCUGAUAAUUCGAAAUAUCAUUAUCAUGCCUCACGCAAAGCCCAAUUGAAGGAGAUCAGAACAACAUCAUCCACGCUUAUCUCAGGCGAAGGAAUUGAUGUUGAAGGCAUCUAUGGCACUGAUAGUGUUUCGGCAGUUACAUCAACAGCAGAAUAUGUUCAUGCCAAGGAAUUUUAUGGACAAUCAGGUGUUGUCGACUUCUCUGGAAACUUCUCAUUUGAUCACAUGACAUUGAACCAUUCAAAGUUAACAUUCACAAACCUUGAGGCAAUCAAUGCUUUUGGUUCAAUUCAUUCCGCUAUCAAAGCAAGAAAGCUCAAGAGCAAGGAUAUUCAGUUCCAAUUAGACAUUGAUAACAUGGAUGAUCUUGCAGAAGGAACUUAUGAUGUCAUAUACGCUCCAGACAUUAAUUGCGAAAAUGUUCAGUUGUCAACAAGUAUCCAUUAUAUUGGAUUCCCAUUCCUCUAUGGUAACUUCUAUGGUGAAAAAAUGUGCACCUCGAAUAAGAUAACAAUCAAGAUCACAAAGCAUGAACCACAAACUGAUUUCUGCAUUACAAAGGAUCAGAACAAAUGCCCAGAAAAUACAGUUUUACUCAAUUCUUCAAGUGAUAUCACUACAAUCAGUAACAGAGUUAACCAUGCUGUCAGUGUUUUCAAGAUUUGGUGUUUCAAGGAUUAUACAGAAGAUAUCACAAUCGAUAUGAACUUCACAACAGCUGUUGAAUUCGAUGGUGAUAAAGAGACAGUUUAUCUUUCUGAUGACUCCAUUUCAAAUCUCAAUGUCGUUGUUUCAAGAGGCUUGAAUGUCCACUACAACGGAAAUCUUACUAAGACAUCUAUCAUGAUUCUUAGAUGCUACAAUGCUGGAAUUAACCAGAAGCUUGCUGACUUAUGCAAUGGACAAAAUAUAUUCCAGUUAUGGUCAUUAAGAGCCGAUCUUUCUGCUCUUCCAAAAGAUAAAAAUAGCAAGGCACUUGUCGAAUUGCAUUUCCCAGAUUCAAUGGUUGUAGAUAGUAACACAUACAAUGCACAGAAUGCUGGUGCAAAGGAAUGCUAUGCUGCAAUGAUCUUCAUUGAACCAAUCAACCUUGAGUCUACAGUCGUUUCUGAUUCUCCAGUUACAGUUACCGCUUCAUAUCCAAAUUGCACAACAGUUUCAAUUAAAGCUCCGUCAGCAACAACAAACGGAUUUGCAAAUGUUAAAGUCGAACUUACAGGAGAUGAACACUCAUUAAAACUCGACGAAACAGCUAGUAAUAUCAACAUCAGCUUCUCAGGAAAAUUAAAAUCUUUGAUUGCAUCUGCUAAUUCAAUUAUUAAUUUGACUCCAGGAAAUAAUGCAAAAAUCGAAAACAUUGAAGUUUUGAACAACAUCACAAUUACAUCAUCAGGAAAUAUCACAUGCGAUACCUACCAUGUUGAUUACCAAGCAAUUCAUAUGCUUCCAAAGGAAAUUAAAGUUAACAACCUUAUUUUGGAGGAAGGAUCUGCAACAAUUGCUAUGUACAAUCAGAUCUCCAACUUGAAUUACAGCUACAUCCCAUCUGAUUUAGCAAUUUUGGUUGCCAAUCACACAACAAUCGAAAACAUGACAAUCAAUUGCAAUCUUGAGAAAGAUGACCUUGUCCCUAAUAAUUUCGAAGAUGUCGAAGAUAUGAUCAUUGUCACAGAGGCUGAUUCUAUUGAAAACAUUGCCUUCACAUCAAAGAAUCAAUUCUAUAAUGAUCAGGUUGAUUAUUCAAUAUCAUCUCGUAAUCUCUACAUCAUUAAGAAGGGCAGUAACACAAAGUUGAUUACUAUCCUCGCAAUUGCAGGUGGUGUUGGCGUUGCAUUAGUCGCAAUCAUCGUCGGCGUUUGCAUCUAUAAGAAGAAGAAUGAGUCAAACAAGCUUAACUCAACUCCACUCAUUACUACAGAAUAA